AACAAAUAUAUAAACAGAUGCUAUGAGAUGAGCAACAUCGAAUCAGAUUCAAUCGAUGAAAAUGAGAACGACAACUCAUCAUUGUCUCAAUCAAACGAACAACAACAACAGGAUCAACAACAACAACAAGAGGAUCAAAACUAUGAUAUAAUUGUUGUUGGUGCAGGAGUGGCUGGUGCUGCUUUGUCACGUACUCUAGGAGUGGCUGGACGUCGUGUGCUGUGUGUCGAGAGGGAUCUACGAGAGCCAGACCGUAUUGUCGGUGAGUUGAUGCAACCUGGUGGUGUGCGUGCACUCAGACAACUGGGCAUGGGCGAAUGCUUUGAGGGCAUUGACGCCACUCCAGCCUACGGCUACGGCAUCUUCAAGCCAAAUGGCAGUGUGAAGCUCUCCUAUCCAUGCGACUCCUCAACCAAACCCAUCAAUGGCUUCAGUUUUCACCAUGGUCGCUUCGUCCAGAAGCUUCGUCAUCAAGCAUCACUUGUCGAGGAGGCUUAUGCCCCGCUGACAAUUGUAUGCGAUGGUUGUUUCUCUAAUCUUAGGAGGACUCUCACCACUCAGACUCCCCAAGUCACUUCAACUUUCGUUGGUAUGAUAUUGAAAGACUGUGAACUACCAUUCCCUGAGCAUGGACAUGUAUUCUUGGUUGAUCCAUCACCAAUAUUGAUGUAUAGAAUUGGUAGCAACGAGAUUAGAGUGCUGGUGGAUGUACCAGGCGACAAGUGUCCUUCAAACUCACAACUCAAAUCGACAUUCGAAUUGGAAACCGCUCCACAGUUGCCAGAACAAUUGCGAACAGCAUUCAUCCACGCUCUCCACAAUGACCAACUCAAGAAGAUGCCAAACUCUCGACUGCAUCCAGACGAUAUUGCUCAACCAGGUGUCAUAAUGAUUGGUGACGCUUGGAACAUGCGCCAUCCCUUGACUGGUGCCGGUAUGACCGUGGCAUUGUCCGAUGUCUGCAUCCUAACCAGCCUGCUAGCCAACUGCUCACAGGCUGACCUAUUGGACCACGACAGGAUGAAGACAAUCAUGCUCAAGUUUAGAGUACAGCGCACACCAUUGGCUUCAACGAUGAACGUAUUGGCUGGCGCCCUCUACAGAGUGUUUAGUGCCGACAAUGAUAAUCUGCGUCAGGCUUGUCUUGGCUACCUUGGCCUCGGUGGUGAGUUCUCUGCUGGACCGGUGGCGCUGCUUUCUGGGCUGCGUCCUAAACCAUCAGUGUUGGCAAUGCACUUCUUUGCCGUAGCACUGUAUGGAGUGAUGAGGACACUGUGGCCAUUCCCAACACCUGGUCGAAUCAGGACCUGCUAUCGUAUUCUCUCUGCGGCAGCCGAGAUCAUUGUUCCACUACUUCGACGAGAGCGUGUGCUAAAGUCUCUGUGUGUCCUUUGCAAUGUCCUGCGUUUGACC